GAGUGCGGCGAUCGCGGCUGUAUCCUUUCAGCUGAAGGUUUCUGGCAGACUAGGCAUCGUGUUCAGGGUGUGGCUCUACGGUCUUGGAAAACAAUCAACCGGAACUCUCAACUUCAAAACGGCAUGAUGCGUCAGCUGUGCAGCCUAUGUCGGUUAGUGUUGCAGGCCAGUCGCAAACACGCCAAGCCUCUCAUACUGAUCACAUCGUUCGUCGUGUUUGUCUGGCUAAUCCUCGACACGGUACACCGGCCAGAGUUUGUACGUCAGAACAAUCCCCCCACCGGUGACACAGAUCGUUGGGAUGAAACGAACGUGCACCACUUCCUGACGCUGCUCGACAUCGAUCCGAACGCUACGGCAUCGAAGGCAGACUGCUGGCCGCCGACCAGCGGUGGUAUGCUGGUGUCGGCGUUCGCCGGGAGCUCCCUGGUCGAAAACCUGUGGCACUACUUCUCGCUAAUCGCUGUCAUUGCGAACCUGCGAACAAUGGCUCCCUCUGGCUACACCGUGCAAGGGCUGCUCACCCGAUCUGCCCGCGACCAAUUGCGCCAGAUGUUCGUCAGCAUACCGUACGUAGUGAUCGAUGAGCGUACGUUUGACUGCUACGAUCUUAGCGCUGCGUGCGUUCUGAACGAUAUUAAUCUUCUAGAUGUGCCAGAACGCGGCAAUCAACUGUACAUCCUUAACAACAACGUUAAACGAUUGUAUGAAAUCGUCAAAGUGCAGUGGAAGGAGCAAUGGGUUCACUUCAACGUUGGCGCACACCCUCGACAGUGGGCGUCCCAACUACUUGCCAACAUUGGUCGUCAGGCAGUACUGUCCGAUCCGAGCGACCACAGCACCGGCCAGGCACCGAACACACAGUUUGUGUGCCUGAAUGUCGGCGAUGACGAUGGGCUUCCGUUCGAGUACUACUUCCGAGCGGUUGCCUUCCAGCGCAAAAUGCACGGCACCGAUGGCACACUGGUGUUCGUGGCGCUUUGCGAAACGCUGACCGGAACCGUGUGCAAGCUACUGAACGCCCCGGCGGAGCACAUCUACACCGUGCAGCGGCACGACGAUCCGGCCACUAAUUUCGUGCUGUUGCAGCUAUGCAACCAUACGAUCGUGUCAGCUGAGUUAGAUAUUUUCCCAGCGCUACUACGCGACGAGGGAACGACGGUCAUUUACGAGCGGUACACCGAUGAUCUGCUGAUGGAGCUGACAAACCUCAAGGAGAACUGGUAUCCAAUGCUCUGACCCUAGCUAUUCUACUACCAGAACGAUUGACCGAACAUUUAUGCAAACCCCGUCAUCACCAUAAUGGUGGGUAUUUGAGAGCGUUCCAUGGAUAGGUAUUAUAGUAUUUACGCAUCCAUCCAUUUACGGAUAUCUUCGCCGCACCGCGGACAGAUCAGCACCGUGACAAUGUUUAUGCUUAU